CGAUUAAGACAUGCGUAUUGACAACUAAAGACGGAAGUAUUUACUAAUUCUUUUCUGAAAAGAACUGGGGGUUUCUCCCGGGACCCGUUACUAAGGAAACCGCCACCACAGUGGCUGUCAGAAUACUGAUAAAAGUCGCAUCUCUAGUGCUAAAAUGAACGAGGAACAGAGAAGGAUACUACGGAAAAAUCGGUUAAAACUAGUUUCAGAAAUACGGGUCAGCCAGCUGUAUGACUUAAUGAUUUCUUAUGAGAUUUUUACUCCUGAUAUGAUUGAGGAAAUAAAGAGUGCAGGCACAAAUAGGGACCAGGCCCGGCAGCUGAUUACUGACCUAGAAACCCGAGGGAGUCGAGCAUUCUCUGUUUUUUUGAGAUGUUUAGAAGAGACUGGACAGAACAAUCUGGCAGGCUGUUUACGAGAGGGACUUGCAUUCCCGCCAAGUGUUUCUAUGCACCUUACUCCAGUGGAUAUUUCCCAGCACAAAAGAACUGAUAAGGAUCAAGAUAAAACAUCUCUGUUACCAAAGAAGGAGAAAGAUGUAAACCUUAUAUGUCGGGAAGAGUGUCAACUGCCAUAUCCUGUGAUGUCAGGAUAUGAACAUGUUCGCGAAUAUCUGCGAUUCUUUGAGCAGUCAGUUUUGCAGAGAGUUCGACUGUCUAAUAUGGCGCCUAUGAAGGAUUAUAAAAUGAGCAGUAACCCAUGUGGACAUUGUCUAAUAAUCAACAACAUGAUAUUCCAGGAUAACAUUAAGCACCCCAAUCGACUUGGUUCCAAUAUUGACUGCAAUAAAUUGGAAAAUCUUUUUAAAUCAUUUAAUUUCCUUGUGACUGUGUACACCAAUCUAAAGAAGAUGGAACUACAGAAGGAAUUGCAUUUGUUGGCCGGCAAAGACCAUAGUGCUUUUGACUGCUGUAUUAUUAUCAUCCUUUCCCAUGGCAGUGAGACCAGCCAUAACCAGUUUCCUGGUGGUAUAUAUGGCACAGAUGGAUUAGCUCUUCCAGUUCAGCAAGUCGUGACCUACUUUGAUGGAUCCAACUGCCCAACACUGCGUGGAAAACCAAAGCUUUUCUUUAUUCAGGCUUGUGGUGGAGAGCAGAGGGACAUGGGAUUUCAUUUGACUGCAGAUGCACCUGUGGAUGCUCCUGAUGGAGAUCUUCUGCACACUGAUGCUGUACCUUUUUCUUCUGGCUGUGAGCGUUAUGAUGUAGUUGAUGCAGUAGCCAGCUUGCCCACUCCUAGUGACAUUCUUGUAUCAUACUCAACUUUUCCAGGCUAUGUCUCGUGGAGAGCGAAGAAGACUGGAAGUUGGUAUGUAGAUACACUUGAUGAUAUUUUUCAGCAGUACGCUCAUUCAGAAGAUCUGACAACAUUGUUACUAAGGGUAGCAGAUAAAGUUUCUCAAAUUUCAGCUAAAGGGAUCUACAAGCAGAUUCCAGGUUGUUUUAAUUUUCUCAGGAAACGUCUUUUCUUUAAAGUGAAAAAGAACUGGCGAGUAGCUGGAGCUGGCCCAGUCUCUGACUGACCAUAUGUUUAGUGUGUGUGAUUUUCUGUAACAAAGAUAUUCAACGUUUUUCAUAGCUGGCCUUACUGAUCCCAGUGCUGUAAAUCAGAAUUCAUUGUAAGAAUUCACACUUUGUCAAAGUAUGCAUAUGGGUGUUAAAAAGUUGUCGAUAUUUUUUAACCUUAUUUGACUCUACCUGCCUUGCCUGAACAAUAAUCCUACUUUGAGGGACACACUGCAGUGGGGAACAGCUGAGAAUUCCUACUAAAGGCCCUCUGUUCAGCAUGUUUCUUUCACUGUCACUCUCCCAUGCUGGGCACACACUUCCCACCUGCAGAGACUAUGUUGUGAAAUAAUAGCCCUAGAAGGGUAUACCUGGUUCAAUAUUUCUGACUUUUUUGUUGCCUUGUACAGUGUUUAGAUGGUGGUCCUAGUAUAUGCCAUAGGAAAGUUGUAAAGUUUGUCACUGAAGAUACCUAAAUCCUCAGUGUCCCUGCUGUUGCCAAAUCACAAUCCCAGACCCAAAGUGCCAUUACUUGUGUGACUAGGGGAAGAAACGCAAUGUAUAUUGCUGAGAGAAAUUAAUCUCAUCUAACAGGUUAAGGUGUGAGAUGCAACAAACCCAUUUUAAAAUGUGCAGGAUGGCAGCACUAAAGUUAUUCAGAACAAGGGAUUGGCCUUGGGUCUCUCACUCAUUCUCAAGCAAGAGGUGGGUAUAAGGCAAAGGGCUAAGAGGUCAGGCAUCAACCAGAACCUCAUUGUUGAGAGUCUGCCAUGUUGCUAGCACAUACUAUUUCCUCAUCUACAGACUUUCCUGUAGGUAGAGAGGGGCUAACCCCUUUAUUCCAUCCUCUGAUAAGAAAGAGGAAAAUAAAAGGCUGUCAUCUAAGCGUCACUGUAGGAAGUGUGUUCCAGUGUUUGAACUUCACAUCUCCCCCAUUGCAGUACAUGGUUGGUUGGUCUUUACAGUGCAGUGGGUCCUUAAGUCUCAGGUAAGUGCUUGAGGUCCAUUUUCUUUUUGCCUUUCUCUCUCCACCGGACUUUGCCUGGCUAAUAAGAGUAGUCAGAUGGUUCCCCGUACCCCUCCCUUCACCAAUAAGCAUAUGGUCAUGCUCAUGGCAUUGCACUGCCAUCUAUAGCACUGUUUGACAUAUGGUAGGAUAUGACUGAGUAGGUGAGUGUACUACCCUAGAGAUUGUCCACUGAUGUGGGUGCAAGGCUUGCUGGUACCAUUUUUGUUAUGAACCUCUCUUUAUGCAAAGUCUCAGUUAUCUGGUUUCCUGACUGCACCUGUCCCUUGUCUUACACUCAUGGUGCCAGUGUUAAAUAGUUUGCCGACUACUGGAACUAAUUCAUAGAAGAUUUAUCCCUUCAUGUCAGAAUCCUCUUAGCUAGAGGAAUCAGGGGGGCCAGAGAUCCUUCUCUUUCAACUAGUCAAAAGUAGUGAUAUAUGCUGUCUCUGUAGCUUCCUUCUAAAUGACCCUUACUUUGGAGAGACCCUCAAUGUAAUCCCAUUCCUUCCGACUGGCCUAGAGUUUGUUUUCUUCUUUCCAAAGUAGAAGGACCCAUGGGGUUGCUCCCACAAAACAUGACCCCAAGGUUGCUAUCCUUGUGAGCUGUAAGCACCUAGAUUUCAAUGUGUCAAGUCUUAAGAGGACAGAUACCCUAAGAAAUCCUCAGAUCAUUGGACUGUCCACUUUUGCAAACAUCCUGGGAUUGAUUUCUUUGUGAUCUCUUUAGCAUAGAACAGGUACAGAGGCCAUGUCUUAUGUACUCCGUUACUGAUUAGAGUCCAAGGUUAGAGUGAGUAAUACGCGUUUCCCCUCUGCUAUUCUGGACCUUAGAUUCCUGAAUUAUUUCCCCAUCUUUGUUGAUUCCAGUCCUGUCUUGUUAACCAGGGAGUAGAAAAGCUGGUAGAGCUCCCUCAUAAGAUCAAAGAAUAUCUGGAAGAAACUCUUUCCUCAGUGUGCUUUCAUGUAGUCCACUGUAAUUUUUGACUGGACUAAUGUUGUGGGUAGGGCAGUGGCUUCUGGGAUGUUAUUGCACUGGAUGAUAUGAAUCAGAAUGUCUUUCUUUAAGGAAGAUCAACCAUGAAAUGGCAGAUAGCCCUUAACACUGGCCAAUAAGAUUCAGGUGGUUAUCUCUCUGAACAAACAUAAAUAAAAACAUAGUGAACUAAAAGAUGACUUUAGUUAGUCAGUAAAGUGAAAGAUAAGCAGUUUCACCUAUCAAACUGUUUUAAAGAGCUUGUAAAUUUCUUCAGAUCAGUGUUAAUGCCAGAGCAACACCGAUGCUUAAUUGCAUUUCUUAACUGAACAGUGCUAAGCAUUUUAGUGGUUAAAUGAAAUUUCCUUUUAGUUUACCCAAACUGUACUCCUCUUUAAGGAAAAACAGAGAUUGUUGUUUUUAUUGCACUUUUCAUAGUAAAGUCCAGUUUGGGCAGGCUUCUCAAAGUUUAUCAAAGAGAAAAUAGACUUUGACCAUCAUUGAAUGUCUAUAUGAUGUUCUUCCUGGCUACCCCCUUCUUUUUCUUGUAGGCUUCUAGCUCAGCACCUAAAGAGUAGGAGGAUAAGGUUUAAGACAGGACCUUCAGGAGAGACAAAAGUGACCAAACAUCUAACAGCCUUCCCUUCUGAUUGCCCAAGAAAUAGACUUUUCACAGGGGCAAAGAGGCAUUUCUGACGGUACUUUCACUGGAAUAUGCAUAGGAAGCUGUUUUUCUUUCUUUUAUUGUUUGCCCUGGCUUGGAUAAUCAUUAUCAAGCAUAUUUCUUUUCUUGACACACUUAAAUAGCCACAUCUUAAAGUUCUUAGAUUUUUCCUUAUCAAGAACUUCCUUCAGUGGUGCUCAUAGGUUAGUCAUAUCCGCAACUUCUCAGAGGAGUCAUACAAAAUGUUUUUCUUUUGUGAUGAGGAAAGGAGGUUUAUUCUCAUCCCUUCCUUGUUCUGGAAUGUUUUUCAUCAUACACUGGAUCUCAGUGAUUUCAGCAAGCAUAUUAGGUAUUCCAGAUUUCCAGACAUUAUCUGUUCAGGGGUUCACUUGUCAGUGCAGUUGCAAAUAAUAUUGGUAUCACUAUUUGAAAUGAUGGUAGUGUACUGGAUUGCACUGGGAACUCCACAGAGAUUCUGAGCUUCUUAGUCUCAGCAUAAAUUUUUGUACAAAGUGUUUUGCUUUUUAGCCUGACUUCUGAUUUUAGAGUGUUCAGUAAGGUUGCUACCAUGGUAGCAGAGGCCUUGCAAGAAAAGUGUUUCCUAGUCUUCCCAUAUUUGAAUGACUGGCUUUUGGUUUCCCCUUGGAGGGUCUCCCUGGCACCAGCCCUUUCUCUUCACUGGACUUCACUGUGGAAACUGCCAUAACCCAUGAAAUGCUCAUUAGUCCCUUUGCCAUGAAUUCUCUUCAUAGUAAUGGAGUGAACACUUAUCAGAGUUGGUCAUUCCUAGCUUUGGCACAAAAACAUGGGUCUGGUGUUCUAGGUGAAGAAACAGAGGUGUCAAGACUCAUCUGUUCCUCUUUGGUCUUGAGUCUGUGGUGACAACAGAAUUAAUUGUCCAUUUGACCCAUUUACUUUAGACUGUGCUUCAUUGGAUGAUGGUGAGGUGUGUUGCUGCUUAGUCAUACACAGUCAUGGACUUUCUCCUGGUGUUGGGCCUCUACCAUAGGUUUGUAGAUUAGUGAACUGUAUUCACCAAUCUGGUAUUUGUACCCGCGGUGGUGGUGCUGCGGUAGCGUUGUCGCCUCACAGUAAGACGCUCUCUGGUUCGAUUCUCAGCUAGAG